AGGUGCGGAAUUGGGCGGGGGCUCGGAAGGGAACCCCGAUUUUCCCAUGGCCUCUCUGUACGUGGGCGACCUGCACCCCGAGGUGACCGAGGCAAUGCUGUAUGAGAAGUUCAGCCCAGCGGGGCCGAUCCUGUCCAUCCGCAUUUGCAGGGACAAGAUCACCCGCCGCUCUUUGGGCUACGCAUAUGUCAACUACCAGCAACCGGUGGAUGCCAAGCGAGCCCUAGAGACCCUGAACUUUGAUGUCAUAAAGGGCAGGCCAGUGCGCAUCAUGUGGUCCCAGAGGGACCCCUCGCUCCGCAAGAGCGGGGUGGGCAACGUCUUCAUCAAGAACCUGGGCAAGACCAUCGACAACAAGGCGCUGUACAACAUCUUCUCGGCGUUCGGCAACAUCCUCUCCUGCAAAGUGGCCUGUGAUGAAAAGGGGCCCAAGGGCUAUGGGUUCGUGCACUUCCAGAAGCAGGAGUCGGCCGAGCGGGCCAUAGAUGCGAUGAAUGGCAUGUUCCUAAACUACCGCAAAAUUUUCGUCGGGAGAUUCAAGUCGCAUAAAGAGAGAGAGGCUGAAAGGGGAGCCUGGGCAAGGCAGUCCACCAGUGCUGACGUCAAGGAUUUCCAGGAUGACACCGAUGAGGAGGCCACCUUGCGAUGAGCAAAGCCAAAUCUUGGCUCCCACCCGGUUUACAACCCCCCCCACCCCCAACCCACCAGCAGUGUAUUGUAUUGGGAGUGCAGGUCUCUCUCUCUUCCCCCCACCUCCCUCUCCCUCUCCCUCUCCUGGCCCCCUCCCAGAGUCUUUCCUCUCUCCCCCCUUCCCCACUUCCUUGCUUCUGCCUCCUCUCCUUCUGUCCUCCCCCGCCCCCCACACACCCUACCUAGGGCGUCCUGAGCAACCCUACUAAUCUGUGCCAUUUGAUAAGUUAAAGGCUGCCUCUUCUCCCCGGGGUUUGGUUCAUGAACGCAUUUUCUGUCUCUCUUUGUUUACUGCACAGGUGAUAGAAUUUCAUGGUACAACUAUCAGAAAGGAGAAGGAAAUCAUAUGAGAGAAAAGCAAGAGAGUAGUUGCUCCCUAUGAUCCCACUUCCCAGAGAGAACCACUUUUACCUUUUUGGUGUGCUGUUUUUCCAGGCUCUCUUAUCUCCCUCCCUCUUGCCCUCACCCCACCUCCCCUCUUCACAUACUGUUGUAGAAUGGUUCAUCUAUGUGGUGUUUCUUAACCUGCUUUUUCAGCAACUAAAACCAAACAAAAAUCAACCCAUUGAACUUCUUUCCAUGUUAUUCAACAGGCUUAUGAGACGUCAUCAUCAGUGCCUGCAGAGUGCUCCUGUGUAUCCAUGGACCUUAACAUUUCUGUAAUCAUUUCCCGCAUUGUUGGACAUUCAGGUGGUGCCUAGUUCUUUCCCUGUGUUUAAAACCAACACUGCGUGCUCUGAUGAGUGAAUCCUUCCUUGUCAAGCCAAAUCUUUGCUAGCAUCCUGGAUGGUCUCCCUAACUGUGGACUUGCAGGAUCCACAUAUAGACGUUUCAGAGACUUUUCCUGUGUGUUACCAAAAGGCCCCCUUCAUAAGCAUCGUGCCGAUUUGCACUUGUGCCAGCCAGCGCAGCUAGUAAAAAGAGUAUGCCCAUUUUCCCUGCAUAGUCUUCUAGUUGCUGUAAUUGGGGUGUGUGUGUGUUUGUGUGUGGGUGUGUGCGUGCGUGUGUGUGCGUGCGCGCACGCACAUGCUUGUGUGCGUGUACCUUGUUCAGCUCAGAUGGGCUGCAAAUUCUGUUUCGCUGUCCUUGGUUGUUUUGCUGGAAUAGAAUACUGUUAAUCACCCUUUUCCCCUGUGUUCACUUUCUGUCCCCUUCCCUGUUGUCCGAAAAAAAUUCAGCUUCACUGCAGAAAAAAAAAUCACAACGCUGACAAAUCAACAGAA